AUUAAGAGACACAAAAAGAAGUAUGAGCAUGGUUCAACGUGGUGGUCUAGUUUGUUCUUCCUUCUUCUUCUUAUCCUCAAAAGUGUCAAGAAUGGCGUUCUUGUUUAUUUUGUUGAUCAGCCUUUUGGGAGUAUCAGUUAGCAGUAGUAGUAGCCAUGAAGAGGCCAUACCCAUAUCCAUAACCUCCGCAAGAAGAAAUCUGUUAAAUAAUGGACUUGGUCGCACACCUCAGAUGGGAUGGAACAGUUAUAACCACUUCCCAUGCAAGCUCAGCGACCAACUAAUUCGCCAGACUGCGGAUGCAAUGGUUUCUACUGGGUUAGCAGCCUUGGGAUAUGAGUACAUUAAUUUGGACGACUGUUGGGCUGAACUGAACAGAGAUUCUAAGGGAAACUUGGUACCAAAUGCUACAAUAUUUCCAUCUGGUAUGAAGACUCUAGCAGAUUAUGUCCACAGCAAAGGGCUCAAGAUUGGGAUUUACGCUGAUGCGGGGACAUUGACUUGUGACAAAAGGAUGCCUGGAUCACUUGGCUACGAGGAACAUGAUGCCAACACCUUUGCUUCAUGGGGAAUUGAUUAUUUGAAGUAUGACAAUUGCCACAAUAAUGGAUUGACUCCACAAGAAAGAUAUUCGACAAUGAGUAAAGCUCUCCUUAAAACUGGACGACCCAUUUUCUUUUCCCUAUGUGAAUGGGGCCAAGAAAACCCAGCGACUUGGGCAGCUAGCAUAGGAAAUAGUUGGAGAACAACUGGAGACAUUAAAGACACUUGGAAGAGUAUGACUUCACGUGCCGAUGAAAAUGAUGUCUGGGCAUCUUAUGCUGGACCAGGAGGAUGGAACGAUCCUGACAUGCUUGAAGUAGGCAAUGGGGGGAUGUCAACAGAAGAGUAUCGCUCUCACUUUAGCAUAUGGGCUUUAGCAAAGGCACCCCUUAUCAUUGGGUGUGACAUCCGGUCGAUGGAUAGUGAUACAUUCCAAUUGCUAAGCAACAAGGAGGUUAUUGCAGUCAAUCAAGAUAAGCUCGGUGUCCAAGGGAAGAAAGUAAAUAAAAAUGGAGAUCUAGAGGUUUGGGCCGGUCCUCUAAGUGGGAAAAGAGUAGCGGUUGUGCUAUGGAACAGAGGAGAGUCUAAUGCUACCAUAACUGCAGAUUGGAAAGAUAUUGGGCUUAAGCCAUCCACAGUAGUUGAUGCUCGAGACUUAUGGAAGCAUAGCACUACAGCAUCGAUUCAAGAUCAACUAAAGGCCGGCGUAGAUGCCCAUGCAUGCAAGAUGUAUAUACUCACACCACAUAAUUAGAAUAUCAUACUCUUUAUUUCCUUCAAUAAUCUUGUAAUCUCUCUCCUAUGCAAAAGUCUAUAAUGUUGUAGUAUUAAAAAUAUAUGUAUGUAGGUGUGUAUGUAUAACUGUGGUGUGGCGAAUAAUUUUAGAAAUAAAAAAUAAUUUUACUUUAAGGAACUCCAGUUAUACUA